AGUGAUCGACUACAGGAGAAGCAAGUGCGAAUAUGACGUCCUUUCUUGGCUUGAAGAUUUUCGCAUGCAUCGCUCUCGUGUUAAUGGCAUGCUUUUCAGAGCGUGCGCAUCAUUUGUUCGAAGAAGGAAAGUUUAAUCAUAGUAUAUUGCUGUAUAUUCACGUUAUUUCGGUUGGCUCAUGGACCGGGAUACAGGGCUGGGUGGUAUUCGUUGCAGGUAUUGUGAUGUACUUCAACUUGCCUCGACAUGUGUUCGGUGAGAUUCAGUCAAAACUGUGGCCGCUGUUCUUUGGUAUCGGGGGCGCACUCAGCACGCUGGCUUUGCUUACUAAUGGCGCAGUAAUGAAACUGAGAUCCGAGAAGACGACAUCAGAAGAACUCAUGCAUGUUUCCGGUCUAAUCGUCUCCCUUGCGUGUUCACUUCUGAACUUUGUCGUCUUGGAACCACAGGCUACCCACUACUGGUACCAGCGAUUUUUAUACGAGAAGGAGAGAGGGUUUGGGAACGAAAUCGGACCGCUGACCAAUCGUGAAGAACUGAACACGCCCAAAUACAAGCAACUGACACACAAUUUUGCAAAGGUUCACGGGAUAUCAUCGCUUUCAACUGUUUCAAGCUACAUCGGAAGUUUGGUCUAUCUGUGGUAUCUGACAAGUCACCUGAUCAGCACGUGAUGAAACUUGUACGGCACAAAAGCUGCAGAGCGGGCUUCCUGUGUCUCGUAUGCGUGAAAAACUAAUGUCGGAAUGGCUUUAUUAUGUAAAGAAUUGAGGACAAUGGGAGCUGGAAUGGUGGAACGGCGUAAGGAGCGGACAAUGAAUGGCGAAGGAGAAUAGGAAGAAAAUUGAAAAGCAUGAAAAGCAUGUGAUCCAGAGUAAUUGUCGAUAUUUAUGUUAAGUUUCUUAAAUCUCUUCAGUGAAGAGAUUAUUGUUUGACGACCGUGUGACCAAGGCGCGUGACAUUUUUAUAUCAUAUCACCGGGUUACCAUGUGAUACUUAUUUAUGUAUAAUUUAAGUAUAUAUUAAGAACGCUUUAAGGUUGUAUGAUAAAUUAUCAUAUGGGGGAAUAGCAUACGCUGCAACUCUAUUGAUCUGUUUGUGGUUUGUAUGUUAAGACUCUGAUAAGGCAAUGAUGAAGUUAAAGAAUAUCACAGGCUAUUUUUUUGAAAACUUGUUCGCACGGUAAAAUUCCUUAUUAGAACAUUACAUACCAUAUUUGGGAUUCCGCUUACAUCAUUUUAUUUUUUGCUUUUUUGCCGACCAAGAAUUGUGAACGUCGAGAAUAUCCACCGUUAUCUUAAAGGAAUCAGCGUUUAAUCAGGCCUCCAUUUUAAGAAAUAAAAAAUAAGUCUCCCGCGCUCUCGCCACGGGCCAUUUA